CACUCUCUCUCUCUCUCUCUCUGUCUUCUCUGCUCUUCACAUCUCUCAUUCAAGAAGCUCCCCCAGGCAUAGGAUACUCAGUAACCCAAUUUCUUGAAUCUGGAUUUAGGUCAAUAAUGGGUAGAAAUUUAGCCCCAGUAGUACAGAGAGAAUUGGAAAAUCUUCAUAAAGACGCUGAUAGUCGUAGGUCAGCAAUGAAAGCACUGAAAUCCUAUGUGAAAGAUUUGGACUCCAAGGCCAUCCCUAUGUUUCUUGCCCAAGUUUCUCAGUCUAAAGAAACUGGUCCUUUGAAUGGGGAAUGCACCAUUUCUCUUUAUGAGGUUCUUGCUCGAGUUCAUGGUGUCAAAAUCGUCCCUCUCAUUAACAGCAUCAUGGCAACUAUAAUAAAGACACUAGCUUCGAGUGCGGGCUCUUUCCCUCUUCAACAAGCAUGUUCAAAGGUGGUUCCGGCCAUUGCUAGAUAUGGGAUUGACUCAACUACCGCUGAAGACAAGAAGCGGCAUAUUAUUCAUUCACUUUGCAAUCCCCUUGCGGAUUCCCUCUUGGGUUCUCAAGAGAGCUUGACUUCUGGAGCUGCUCUUUGCUUGAAGGCUCUUGUGGAUUCGGAUAAUUGGCGUUUUGCUUCAGAUGAGAUGGUUAAUAAGGUCUGUCAGAAUGUCUCUGGGGCUUUGGAGGAGAAAUCUACUCAGUCAAAUGCACACAUGGGUCUGGUCAUGUCACUUGCAAAGCGCAAUUCUAUAAUUGUUGAGCCAUAUGCUAGGUUGUUGAUUCAUGCUGGACUGCAGAUAUUAAACAAUGGUUUAAUAGAAGGGAAUUCUCAGAAACGGUUGGAAGCUAUUCAAAUGGUGAACUUCUUGAUGAAAUGCUUAGAUCCUUGGAGUAUUUUAUCAGAGCUUGAUAUGGUAAUUGAAGAAAUGGACAAGAGCCAGUCAGAUCAGAUGGCUUAUGUAGCUGGGGCUGCCUUUGAAGCUCUACAGACUGCAAGGAGAAUAGCUGCAGAUAAAGGCCCAAAACUUGAAAAGUCUCAUUCGGUCAGUGGCUCAAACUUUAGUAGGAGGGACAAUAGCAGGAGGCAAAAUCUAUCCAGUGCUGGCGAUCAGUCUCCUUCCUCAGUGUCACCUGAGUCGCAAACCCUUGAUUCCUUCAGAGAAUAUGAAUCAUGGGUUGAAUCCCCUGUUGCAGUGGGACAGGUUUCUCACAAUUCAAAUUAUGAUAGCAGGAGUGUCAACCGGAAACUUUGGAGUCAUGAGCGUGGAGGAGUUGAUAUUUCUCUCAAAGAUGGUUUGUUCUCAGGGAUCUCUCAUGAAAAUGGCUACUCCAUUGCACAUUCAGACUCUGGAAAUAAUCAGUUCAUGAACAAUGAAGGAGAGUGCACAGAAGAAUUGUCAGGUUUCCUUCAAAGAAAUCAUAGAAAUGGAGUAUCAGGAAGUGCCACAACUAGUCCCCUGGGGUCACGAACUCCAAUGGAUGUUGAUAACAUCAUCUUCAAAACUCCGAGGAGGCUUGUUCAUUCUCUUCAGGAUCCUAAUAAUGCCAACUCAGACUUCUCUGAGAAGCAAACUAGAAGAUUUAGAAGUUUAUUCUUGGAAGAUUGUAGCCCAAAUGGCAGGUACAAUCAAAAUGUUUUCUUACAUGGUGUGACUUGUGAAUGCAAUGGUAGCUUCUAUAAUGGUGGUGGUGAGCAGUUACAAGGUGGCCCUGAAUCUGUAUCAUCAACAGACGGUCCUAAAGAUGGUGAUUUGCAAGCGUUUCAAAAUGUGGUUCCUGAAAUAAAAUCAGAAAUUCAAGAACCUAGCAUCAGAAAACCCCUUUGCAAGGCUGGACUAAAAUUGUUCUGUGGUAUUUCUUUUGCAAUACUUGCAGUAGGUGUUCCAUUAACUUUGAUUACUGAUCAAGGUCCAGGCUAUGAAAUGUAUCUUGUCCCAACUUAGUGUCCUGAUGGAGAAAACAACGGUAAGAACUAGCUAUGUAUGUUGUAAUACUAGAACUUGACUAUCUGAAAUAGAUUCGGAUGCUGAUUAUGCUGGAAGAAUGUGGUUUUCCUUAAAAGCAUUUUAAGAACAAGUUGUUGAAUUGAUGUUUAAGGAACUUGCCUUGAUAGAAGAAUGCAGUCU